AUGGCUCCUGGCUCUGGCAGCAAAGGCAAAGGGAAGAGCAAGGGCCCACCGGCUGGUGGCUGCAAUGGUGGUGGUGGAAUGGGAGGUCCUCAAGGAGGCUAUCCCUACGCUGGCGCGUACGGCGCAGGCUAUGGUGGAUACGGAGGAGGCUACGGCUAUGCAGCUCCACCUGCAUACGGUUAUCCUCCGCCAACUGCAUACGGUUAUCCAGCAGGCUACGGCGGCUACGGCGGAGGAUACCCACCGGGCUACGGAGCCUAUGGAGCACCACCUGCACCACCUGCAGAUCGUGCAGCGCCCUACUGA